AUGUUCGAGCUUUUUACUUUCUUUCUUGUUUCUUUUAUCUUUCUUUUUCUUUUUGCUUUGCUUUUUCUUUCUUCUUUUUGCUUUUCUUUUUGUUUUUCUUUUUGCUUUCUUUCUUUUUUAGCUUUAUUAUUUCUCCUCUUCUUCCUCGUCUCCGCUCACGACUCUCUCUCCUUCAUUCUUUUAACUUUCUAUCCCCGACCCCAACACUUUUUUGAAUCCCCUCGUCAACCCCCCCCCCCCUCCACUCUUCGUCAACCCUUUAGCCACCAAUUGACAUGGUCGUCAUUCUCACCAACAGCAAUGUUUUCACAGCCACUGGCGAACACAACUAUUAUUUUCUGCUUGACGGUUGUCAUUGUCCUGGCAAAAGGGUUGCCACGUAGGUACACACAGCCGGGAUAUAAACAACAAACAGCCCUAAAUCUAUACCGUCUACCAGCUUUUUACGUUUCUUCGCUCGAAUCCCCCCCCACCCGGCGCUCGACAAAAGCCUGCUGA